UUUCACGUCGGACUUAUUUUCAUCCUGCACUGCACUAGCUUGGCUGUGAACCUUUUUAGCUGAUCAUUUGAUCCAUAUUACCUUGUGGUUUUCUUCAUCGAUGCCACUGAAGGAUCAAUCUAACUCGACCGUCGUCAUGAAGCCAGCAGUGGAUGAGAUGUUUCCUGAGGGCGCGGGGCCGUACGUUGAUCUGGACGAGGCUGGGGGAAGCACAGGACUGCUGAUGGACUUGGCUGCCAAUGAAAAGGCAGUUCACCCAGACUUCUUCAAUGAUUUUGAGGAUCUGUUUGAUGAUGAUGACAUCCAGUGAGAGAGAGAAGCACGUCUUUGGAGUAAUGAUGGAUUAUAUUCACAUCGCUCCACACCUUUUCUUCUGGUGGAAAGCAAACCAACCAUUUACUGUCUAAUGGCAUACAAUUUCCUUUCAUAGUUCUCCUAGUUUUAGGCUUUAAAAAAAAACAUCCUUAAAAAGUCGUCCCUGGCUCCAGAUGUUGUGACAUUCUUAAGAUCCCAAGGAUUCCUUCAGAUAUGGUAUGUUUAAAAUUAUGAGCUUGUCUCAUGCUCAUGUCUUCCACUGCUUCUUAACUGGAUUGCAGGUUUCAGUGUGCUGGAGAACACCUGUUAGGAGCGUAAUUACACAUGUGAUGGGCAGCGGCUCCGUGUGCUGUCACCUGUAAGCAUGCUGCAGAUGGCAUACGAUGAAGACGGUCUGCUAAAAAUAGCUUAAAUUAUUUGUAUGAGAGUGUGUGUGAUAGUCGGAUGUGUGCUGUGUGUUUUGAUUUCAUAUCUGCAGUGUGUCCUGUUACAUUAAUAGUUUGCACGUAUGUGUACUCAGGGACGUGCACAGACAUUUGGAGGGGCUAUUGCUCUGAACUGGAAAAAGGGCCCCCCCCCCCCCCGAUAAAAAACACAAGACCUUUUGAAAAUUGUAACUUGUUUUUAAUGUAAAAGAAACCAAACGAUUAUUACAUCAACUAAAUUGAACAGUAAUUCAUAUCUCAUAACAAAAUAAGCUAAGGCGACUACUUGCAUUCGGUGACUUGAUU